AUGAGUAGUUGGCAGGCAGGACAGCCAACGCCUUCCCCAAGCCACCCUCAGUCAAGCCCAGCGCUCACUGGGUCUCAAGACCGUCCUCACCGUCCCCAUCCUCCUACUCGAGCCUCAACUAUGGAUGCGAACGACAGAGAAAAGUCAGAUGUUGCCCAAAACCUCCCCCCUCAUUCACGUAGCGACGACCUCUCUCAUUACCAGUCAUCUCCAUCUCCCAAGCGGAAUAGCAAUUCUUCCCUUCAUUCUUCGGAUUCGACUUCCUCUUCUUCUUCGGGAAAACCACGACCACCGCCAACGACCGCUUCAACAACCUCAACAAGUCUUGUCUCUGCUUCCUGCGCAUCAUGCGGCAAGCCGAUGUACGGGCCAUUUGUCCGUGCGCUCGGCACAGUCUUUCACUUGAACUGCUUCAAAUGCAUGGACUGCGGGGACGUCGUUGCAUCCAAGUUUUUUCCGAUUGAAGGACCAGAUGGAAAACAGCAACCUCUUUGUGAACGAGAUUACUUCCGUCGUCUGAACCUAAUCUGUGCGAAAUGCGGUAUGGCGUUGCGGGGUAGCUAUAUCACAGCCUGCAACAAGAAGUUCCACGUCGAACACUUUACCUGCUCCAUUUGCCCUACUCUUUUUGGCCCUCAAGAUUCCUACUACGAGCACGACGGUGACGUUUAUUGUCACUUUCACUACUCAACACGGUUUGCGACCAAAUGUGCCGGAUGCAGCACAGCUAUCUUGAAGCAGUUCGUUGAAAUAAAUAGAAAUCAGAGAGACGAAUGUUGGCAUCCUGAAUGUUAUAUGAUCAAUAAGUUCUGGAAUGUAAAAGUUGUCUCAAGACGUCCGACAUCGAUAGAUGCAGGUGAUCAGGAGGGAGAGCCGCCAUAUGCCGAGGAGGAACAGAAAGAGACUCCAGCGUCCUUGAAAGAGAAACAAAUUCGGAUGGAACAACAGGUAUAUCGAAUUUGGACAGUUCUUUCGGCCUUCGAGGAAUCCAGUGCAGCUUGCAUUUCAGACAUGCUCAGACAAGUCAGUAGUGGACAGUAUCUGGAUGCCAUUCGAAUGGCAGAGAAGUUCAUCCUCCAUGUUGAGGUACUGUUCGCUACCAUAGACGACCUAGAGUUUCAAUUCGCAAGGUUAAACAUGAAGGGUAUGUCGCACGUUCGAGAAGCUCGCAUGCUAUGCCGGAAGACAGUCGAACUCUUCACUUUACUUUCACAUACUCAAGAGACUGGAUCGCGGCGGAUGGGCAUGACGCAGGAACUUCUAGCACUCGUCACGGGUCUUGCACACUACCUAAAAAUCCUCAUUCGGAUUGCUCUUACCGGGGCACUCAAACUCGAACGCGAAAACGAAAAUGUAUCUUCGACCGGAGAGGUGAUCAUCGUUCGUGACGCGAUGGCUGGUUUCCUUGACAAACUCCAUCUUUUGGCCGUGCAACAAGGAAAUCCUUCGGCCAGGAGGCUCAUAAAGGGGAAAGGAGCAGUAACAAUGGUCAACGGCAUGGCCGGAGAAGAUGAUGGUUGGAGACCCGAUUUAAACCAAGGAACGCAAGGUGUAACAUACGGAUUUAGGAGUUUGGCGCCGGAAUAUGCAGGAGAAAGUCCGUUCAAUCCUCUGAGUGGUGGCGGUGGCAUAGGUCCGUCAGACAGCUCUGGGAUUCUCGGCGAUGGGAGUGAAGCAGAAGGAUCCUCGUCAAGACACGUAUCCUCGAGUCACCCUCCUAGCGAUCUGUGCAUCAAAUGUAAUUUGACGGUGGAAGAAGAUUGCGUAAGGUUGGGAACCUAUCAGAGAUGGCAUUCGCAAUGCGUACAGUGUCCAGUCUGUGGCAAAGUUGCUGCCGCUCCUAUUCCUGCGAAGGAAAAGGAAGGGUCAUCAUCAGGAGCGGCUCAGGAUUCUAGUUCGAGUUCGCAGGCAACCUCAAAUGCAGUCCCACCCGCUAACGGACCAUCGCCAUCCGCGGCACAGCAGCCCCCGAAACCCACAACUUCGCGGCGGCCCCCUGCGAAUGUUUCGAUAUUUGUAUAUGAGGUUUCGUCCAUUGUGGAAACGACAUCGUUUGGGAUGGUACCAAUUGUUAUCUUGUGUACCGAACAUGCACACGCAGGGUGCAAAGGCGGCUUCAAAGCAGUGCAGAGACUGGAACAGUAUGCAUUCCUGUUGAACGUUGCCUUGAGGCGGCUGUACCUCCUGUUGAGGAGGCAAGGUGUAGUUCCGGACUCUCCCGCCGUUCCUUCCAGCCCCCCACAAGCCGAUUCUGACCCUUACCGCAACUCUGCCGAUAUCAUGCGUAUGAAGCAGGUUCACUUGGGCAGAAAACUUUCCUCGACUGCUCGAUUACCGAAACGGAGUACGAUCGUGGAAAGUCCCACAGGCAGGAGCGUAGCGCCGUCGGAAAUUCAUCACAAGAGUCAGGACGGAAGGCAACAUCAUCACCAACAGCACCCACAGCAUGGCCAAUCCCAAGCUCAACAGAGCAAGUCGCCGUCGCUUUCAAACCAGCCACCCCCGUUGUCAUUGCAGCAGCAACAUUUUCAACAGCAGCAAUAUCAGCAGCAUUUACAGCAGCAGCAGAUACGACAUGGUGCUGGACCUGAAUGGGGGGUUCACCAGGGUCAAGGGCAAGUAAUAAAACCACCUUUUGCGAGGAAUAAUACGGAGGUCAUGAUCGUGGAUGAAAGUGCACCUAAUUCACCCUCGAUCGGGGAUGAAGCUGGGCCGAUGGGUAUGGGUGGCGUUCAUAUUAAUAGUAGUGGCGCCACGGUCCAGGAAGGUAUCACACUUGCGGAUUUACCACAGCUGAUGGAAGCUGCUCAGGCGAGGGAACAACAGCGGUCGCUUCCAAGGUUGAAUUCGAUACCGUACAUUGCCGAGCUGAGUGCACUUGAACUGGCGAUCAUCAAGCAUUCGGCAGUAUUGGCAUUGAGCAAGAGUCACUUAAAGGAUCAGUUGGAUCUUGAUGAGCUGUUGGAGCUCGUGGAGAUCAAGAAGAGCGGUUUUUGGAAGACCCUAUUCAAGGGGGAUAAGAAGAACGUUAAGAAGAAAGGCGUCUUCGGGAUUCCACUGGAAUUACUCGUGGAAAAGGAAGGCGUAGAUUCCUUACUUGGAGCGUCAAGAGCAACUUUAAGAGUACCUACCUUCAUUGACGAUGUAAUCUCUGCUAUGCGACAGAUGGACAUGUCAGUGGAGGGCAUCUUUAGGAAGAACGGCAAUAUACGGCGGUUAAAAGAGCUCACUGAGGCGAUCGAUAGGGACCCUCUCUCUGUCGAUCUGACACAAGACAAUCCUGUUCAGCUCGCAGCUUUACUCAAGAAAUUCUUACGGGAUCUACCUGAUCCACUACUGACGUUCAAAUUGCAUCGAUUAUUGGUCGCAUCUCAGAGUGUUCCUCAGGAAGCAGACCGCAAACGGCUACUACACAUGUUAUCGAUCAUCAUGCCAAAGUCACACCGGGACACCAUGGAGGUCUUGUUCGUCUUCCUCAAGUGGGUGGCAUCAUUUGCCCACAUGGAUGAGGAGACGGGUAGCAAGAUGGACUCGGGGAACCUUGCAACAGUUAUCUGUCCUAGUAUCCUGUAUUCGCGGGGACGGGACCCAGCUCGAGACGAAAGUUUUGGUGCCAUUCGCGUCGUGACUUCACUUCUGGAGAAUCAGGACGAGUUUUUCGCGGUUCCUGAGGAGUUCAUGUCCAUCUUGCAUGAUCAGGAUUACUUUGCAAACUCUAUGGAACUUCCUGCAAAAGACUUCAUGAGAAAAUGCGAAACGUACCAGAGGCUAAAAUCAGGGAACGGACGUACUCCGGUACCUGGAGGACCUGGUCAGCUGUAUAAUGGUCACAAUGGAAGUGCUCCACGGUUCCCUACGCCUCUUACACCGAACGUCGAAAGACCUCAACCUACGAUGAUGAUGGGCGGAGGACCGCCUCCGACAGAUCGAAGACCUCUUCCCACUGGUUCACCUUCAUCUUAUAACCUUCCACAUCCGCAUCAUCCUCCUAUGGCGCAACCCACUGCCACCUACCCUGCAAGUUCCGUAAACAGUCCAGCUUCCCAGAGUAUGGCAACAUUGACGUCGCCUCGGACACCGCAGCCGUCUUCAGAGGAGCGGCAGAACAUCACUCGGCCAAUAACUUCUAACGGAGUUUCUUCACGGCCAACUUCGUAUGUACAAUCAAGGCCAAGUAUGGAACAACAGCACCAUUCUGCAAACUCAUUUAAUAACGGGUACCAGCCCGCUUUGCGGCAACGUACAUGA